UAUGUGUUUUAAACAUUUCAACACUAAUAUGUAGACAGCGUUACUUACAUCCGUUUCUUUCCUUUCUAGUGGUGUUCUUUCACGUGUAUUGUCCAUAUCAAAAUGCCUCUAGCGAAAGACUUACUCCAUCCCUCUCCAGCUGAGGAGAAGAGGAAACACAAGUUGAAGCGGCUGGUACAACAUCCCAACUCCUACUUCAUGGAUGUCAAAUGCCCAGGAUGCUACAAAAUCACGACAGUGUUUAGUCAUGCACAGAGUGUAGUUGUUUGUGCUGGAUGCUCCACAAUUCUGUGCCAGCCUACAGGCGGAAGGGCGAGAUUAACUGAAGGUUGUUCAUUUAGGAGAAAACAGCAUUAGGAUAUUCCCUCGAGGUUAAACUUUUCAGCAAUGAAGAACUAUUGCAACCAUUAUUUGUUGAUUUUUUUAAUAUAAUGGAAUAAAAGUCUAAUCCAGAGGCUA